AUGCCGGUGUCAUCGGUAGCGACCUCCUCAUCAAAGGAGGAAGCGUCAGCACCGGCACCAACGAAACCUGUCCCCUCUCCCUCGAACCCCGUCCUCGUCUCAAACGAAUCGCAAUGGCUCUUCACCGACUCCGACCUCCGAUAUGCCCCUUCCAUACUCGACGGCAUGUCCAUGGAGACCGAACACACGCAACGGAGUAAAGGCGUGAACUUUAUCACACAAGUCGGUAUAUUGCUAAAACUUCCACAACUCACUCUCUGCACGGCGAGCGUAUACAUGCACCGCUUCUUUAUGCGGUAUAGCAUGGUAGAUCUGCCUCAGCGACCAGGCAGACAUCCCUACCCAAUCGCAGCCACGGCGUUAUUUCUUGCGACAAAAGUGGAGGAGAACUGCCGAAAGAUGAAGGAGCUGAUAGUAGCUUGUUGCAGGGUGGCGUUGAAACAGCCCAACGUCAUCGUGGACGAGCAGUCAAAGGAGUUUUGGAAAUGGCGGGACACCAUUCUCCAUAACGAAGAUCUACUGCUGGAAGCUCUCUGUUUUGAUCUUCAGCUAGAACAGCCAUAUCGUCUACUCUAUGAUUUCAUCUGUUUCUUCCAGGUACAGGACGACAAACGACUGCGGAAUUCAGCAUGGGCGUUCGUCAACGAUUCGACAUUCACAGUACUUUGUGUACAGUUCGGCGCGAGGACAAUCGCUGCGAGCGCGCUGUAUGCAGCUGCCAGACACUGCGAUUCUACAUUCAAAGACGACGAAGCGGGGAGGCCAUGGUGGGAGCAGAUCGAUGUUGAUCUGAAAGAGGUGCGGCGCGCAUGUAAUCGCAUGGCAGAGAUAUACGACAACUAUCCGCUACCGAAGCCAGGGCAGAAAUACGCGCCUACCCCGGUUAACGGGGAAGAAGCAACUGAUUUGACGAGACAAGUUAUAACGAAUGAUGCGCGAUCAGGUUCAGGUUCAGGCGCGGGUUCGGGUUCGGGUCCCGGGUCCCAGGGCAGCGAGACGAAUGGACGCAAACACGACCGAGAAGAACCCGGCGAGAUUGUCCCGAAUGGAACGGACUCGCCCAAACGCCAGCGCCGGGACUCCGAGGAGUCAAUAUCCCGGUCCGCUGUAUCUGCGUCAAAGUCACCGGCACCAUCUACAGCUGCCACCGUACCACGACUCCAAGUAACCAACUCCUUCACCAACGCCGCCUCGAACCUAAACCUAUCCUCCCAACCAGACACCACCCAAGAACGAGAAGAAGGCGAAGAAAUCGAAGAAGGUGAACGAGAAGAAGGAGAGGCCGAUCCAGAACCAGAACCAGAACGCGAUCGAGAUCGAGACCAACAUCGCACAUCUACGACUACGACCAGCCGCGUUCCUGCAUCCUACCAACAGAGACAGCGAAUGGAACAUCCACUCCCCCGCCCGCCUCCUGCAGCAGUACCGUCACAAGCCCAAUCUAUACCUAGCCGCGAACGUGAACGGGAACGGAAUGGGACGCAUCGACCUCCCCCUCCGCCACCGCCGCCACCGCCACCAGGUGCAUAG